AUGGACCGCUACGUGUUGAUCGUAUCUCUCUGCCAAAACGACGAAAACCUACAGCACAGUCUAGCAACACUACAACAACUUUAUAACAACUGUGUAAAUCUUUCGACUCAUGGAUCACAAGAGGGAUCAUCAUUUACAGCUUGUUCUAUUAGUGGAAACCCUUCAACUCCCAAAUGGUACUUUGCUGUACAGGCAUGUCAAGGAAUUACUCAGUUCUGCAGCUCUGAUUGGGCAAAGCUUGGUGCAGAUGAUCGACUGACUGAUAGUGAAGAGGAAAUACCCACUACGAUGGAUCUGUGCCUCAGCUGUUUGAGUGAUCAGGAGGCACUGGAGGAGAAUGUGGGUGAGGCCACACUGUCAGAACUUUUGGAUGAAGCUGCUGAAGGAUUACAUUCCUUAUCCGACAAGCUACCACCUCCAGGCAAAGCUCUGCUGGAUGUACUUGUGCUCGGCUCUGCUGCUCCUCCGGCUCUUAAAGAGCUGUUGCCGCUGCUGGGAGCUCUCAAACACAUGGGCUGCUGGCACAGUGCACAGGUCACUGUUGUGACCCAGUAUUUCAGCAUAUGGCAGAAGGUGGCCUUGUAUCUGAAUGCUGGUCUGGUGGAGUCGGCUGCUUUGGACAGAUGUGUGGACCACAGAGAAAUGUGGAGAGGGGGGAUGAUUGUUCGAGAGAAAAAGAAUGUUUCGGAGUUACGUUUUGAUGGAUUUGCGUUGCGGUCACCAGUUCAUUCCAAAUCAAGACUGUUCACACCCACUGAUCGCACCCUAAUCCCGGAGGUUUUCCAUUACUACGCCCCAGUUCUUGAGUUGGUGCAGUUGAUUUAUGUUUCCGAUCUGCCCAACUAUAUAAGAUCCUCAACCACUUUUGAGCUAGGCUUGUCUGGAAACUCCGGAAAAGCAAAAUUGUUUUUAGAACAGUUGAGAUCGCUUCGGGGAAAGGUUGGGGCGUUGUUCAGCCUCUCUUGUGCAGUUACUGCAGUCGUCCAGCCUCCUGCCAACCAGCUCUGCUCGCAACGCUGGCGAGAGUUCUUGGCAACAGGAGCAAAGUCAUUUUCUGCCCCUGAGCCAGAGGUGAAAGGCGAGUGUGCUCAGUACGUCCUGUUGGUUCAGGGCUCGGACUCCAGUGGCGUCUGUGACGUCCAAAUGUUGAACUCUGACCAACAGCUCAAUGGAUCUGCUGCCAUGGCGACAAUGACAGCUCUGCUGCGAGAACCGUCUUCACCUGCAGCAGGAGCUGUUAGUGAAAUAGUUCGCCUCCUGCCUCGUCUCCAAGGAGACGACGUGCUCAAGAGAGAAAGGAAGGUGGCCCAAGUUCAAACUCUUGUUCUUAAAGAAUAUUUGAAAAAGAGACAUGGCAGCUCAGAGGCGGUGGUCCCGGUCGGUGAGGUGAAGGCUCUUCUGAAUGCGGCCCGAGAGCAGUGUCUGAAGGUGUUGUCCUGUCGGCCCUCAGCCUCCUCUUCCUCCUCUUCCUCUUCCUCCUCCUCCACAUGUGACCCAGGAAGAGCGAAUGCUGCUCAAAGAUCAGAUUGUCAAAGAAGCUCCCAGCUGCUGACAGAUUGGCCUGAAAGAAGUGUCCUCCACAACAUUGAGAACCUGCAGAAGAGACGACAGAAAAAGAGGUUUGGCCUGUUGGGUUCUGGGUCUUCGGACAGCCUGCUGGGUCCUAAAGACGGUGGUCAGAAGGGCGCUGUGGCUCUGCUGGACGCCAAAGAGCUUCUGAGACACUUCACUGCAGACGGGGCCCCCAGCGGAGAGCUCCAACCACUGACUCUGAACAGAGGAAAUAAAGUAUUCCAGCUCUCAUCAGACGUGUCUCCUGGCAAAGUCAAACACAUGCCCUUCAACGAAGCCGCAGCCACUCGUUACCACGGCAUCGAGUUUUGUUUGGACAACCUGCGCUCCUUGGACCGAGACCAGUCCUUUGUGCGUCUGCAGUCACGCCUCAUCCGCUUCGAGACCCAAACCACCUGCUCCAAAGAACCAGGUGCCCUCCCCUUUGCUCUAAGCCCCGCCCCCUCCCCUUCUGUGAUGUCAGAACCAGGAAGUGUGCACGACGGGGAGAUGCUGCAGAAUUCUGACGUGGCCCGACUCAAGCGCUGCUCCUGGGAUACAGAGAUUGCUGGAGGAUAUCCUCGCAAAAGGCUGGUGAAGUCUGAGAGCAGCGACUCGCUCUGUUCCCAAAGCAGCGGCAGCAGUGGGACCCACCCUUCUGUCCGAACACUCCGAAGACAAACUGGGAGAUCUCAGUCCACUACUUCAGCCCUGACCAUCUCAACCUCCAGAGGCUCAACUUCAAAUGCAGUGAGCGUGGAUCCGGUCAAUAAUCCUAAAGCUCCGCCUCAAAAGACCCAAUCACCAACAAAGGACACAACGUCGAAAGAAUCACGCUCCCAAAAACACAACAGGAUGCUGCAGGAAGUGGUGGCGAAAACGCUCAAACUCCAUGGGAUCAGUUCUGAACAUAAGUGCUUUGAGGCCUGCAGCAAAAGACUGUUUGAUAUCUCCAAGUUUUAUCUCAAGGAUUUGAAAACGUCGCGGGGUCUUCAUGACGAGAUGAAGAAAGCCGCCAGCAGCAACGUUAAACAAGUCACUGAUUGGGUUCUGGAGAAAUACUCUAAGUGA